AUGCUCUGUGCAAUUGGUGCGGGACCCAGGAACCUCCCACUAGGCCCUGAAAGCAGAUUCGCUAUGAAACUUGGGGCGGGCGGGGUUAAGAGAGCUUGGGGAGUGCGGGUGCGCCUGACCAGUGUCCUGCGCAUGCGUUGUCUUCAGGCUUCCUGUGGGCAGGAGUUUGGGAGGCGGGGCAUCCGCGUCCCUUGGCAGUGCGGAGCUGGGCAGCUCGAGGACUCCUUCGACGCGAGGCUGACCUCGCAGGGCGGCCCGGGACCCCAGUUUGCGGUUUCCCGCAGACUCCCAGUUGUCGGGGUCUUGGGAGCGGCCCGGGGCACCCGGACCCGGAGCACCGCGUUCCCGGGCGAGGGGUUGUCCCGGACCCCGUCGGGCUCGCUCCUACUUGUCAGAUCCCUGGGGUCUUUAUUCUGUGUCCUGGUGGCGAGGGACAGGUUGGAGUUAAGAACAUCAAUAAUGGAGCUAGCUCACGGUUUAUUGCUAAAUGAAGAAGCAUUGGCUCAGAUCACAAAGGCAAAGGGACCAGUGUUCAUCUUUGAAUGGUUAAGAUUUCUUGAUAAAGUCCUAGUUGCUGCCAACAAGUGCCUUCUGGAACUACAGAAUGAAGCUGUGUUCAUGUGGACUGUUGAACUAGAAAAUAUAGCUAUCCUCUGCUUUAAGGCUUUGGAAAACUCAAAUUAUGGGACCCAAAUUCAAUGUCCAGAACCUACAUCAGGCAGCUUACAACUUCCCGUAACUCCACCUUUGGGAAUCCAGUGCCCUCCACUGCUUUCUACUUGGUCUCUUCAUUCACUUGUCCUGAGAGUGGAUUCUAGUGGCCCAAUGUACCGUGGGUACUUGGAACCCACGCUGUCCCUGGUUGUUACCUUGCUGCUGACAGUUCCACCUUCACACACAGAAGUUCACCAGUGUUUGGGCAGAUGCUUGGGGGCCACCAUAACUACUGUUGGACCAGAGCUGCAGGGAAAUGCAGUCACCAUUUCCACCAUCCGCUCUUCUUGCUUGGUGGAUUGUGCCAUCACCCAGGACCACUCUGAUUCUCUGCUUCAGGCAGCUGCCAUCUCUUGCCUUCAAGAGCUUCACAUGUUUGCCCCACGACAUGUCAAUCUGUCCAGCCUUGUUCCAAGCCUUUGUGUAUAUGUGGUUGCUAUGAAUAUUAAGAAAGAAGCUGAGUCAAAACCAAAGGGAGCAAUGAAAAAUACUGAUGAUGAUGACGACGAUUAUGGUGGCAUAGACGAACUGCCUCCAGACAGUUUAAUAACCCUGGUGCAGCCUGAACUGCCGACACUCAGCCGCCUGUGGCUGGCAGCAUUGAGAGACUAUGCACUUUUGACUUCCCCAGCUGAGUUUUCCAGUCAGCUUCCCGCAGAUGGGGGAGCAUUUUAUACUCCCGAAACCAUUGAUACAGCAAGACUUCACUACCGGAACUCCUGGGCCCCAAUUCUCCAUGCAGUGGCACUCUGGUUAAACAGCACAGGAUUUAUAUGUCAAGAGUGCACAGAAGCAACAACUGAGUCUGGUGUACAGAAACGCUCCCCAGCGGUCAGUUUAAAGCAGGUUCCAGGAGCAAUGGCUAGUGCGGAAGCCUUGCCAGAAGUUAACAAGGACAGAAUGCACCUGACCCUAGGUGUGAGUAUACAGUUUCUUUGUUCCCCUCGACCAGAGGAGCCCAUUGAACAUGUUACAGCAUGCCUGCAGGCCUUACAUACCUUACUGGGUUCUCCUUAUGCACGAAUCCACAUUGUGGAAGAUCAGCUGAUUGGUGUUGAGCUGCUAAGUGUCCUGCACCACCUGUUACUGACCUGGAACCCACCCGCUAUCCAUCUGCUGGUCACUGGAGUUGUGCAGCAGAUUGUCAGGGCUGCUCAGGACUAUGGACAGGAAAAGAGAAGCGCUCUAAAUGAAGAGGAUGUGGAAAAAGAGUCCUGUCCUACAUUAGGAGAAGGGGGUGACACCGGUGGCCUCAUUCCUGGAAAGUCCCUUGUGUUUGCAACCAUGGAGCUGAUGAUGUUCAUUUUAGUACGGCAUAUGCCACACCUGAGUACCAAGAUGUUGGACUCUCCAAGUCACAUGGUCACGAAAACUCAGCUGUCAGAGGAAAGUACUCGCUUGGUGGCAGCCACGGUGGCCAUUCUCUCAGAUCUGCCAUCGCUUUGUUCACCGGCUGGAUGUAUGACAAUCCUGCCCACAAUUCUGUUCUUAAUUGCAAGAAUAUUGAAAGACACAGCAAUAAAGUCUGCGGACAACCAGGUUCCUGCCCCAGUCAGUGCAGCUCUUCAGGGAAUAAAAAGUAUCGUGACUCUGUCCAUGGCCAAAACUGAGGAAACUCAGAGACAGUGGACAGCUCUAAUUCGGAGCACUCUUGCCUGCAUCCUGGAAUAUUCUCAACCAGAUGACUGUAUGCCCGCGCCUGAUGAAGCGAGCAUGCUUACAGCCAUUGCGCUCUUCCUGUGGUCUGCCAGCAGUGAAAUAAUAGGAGUGCAGUCCCUGCAGAAUGGCUGCGUGAACAGAUUUAAAAGUGCCCUGAACUCAUGUGACCCAUGGGUUCAAGCCAAAUGCUACCAGCUUCUCCUCUCGGUCUUCCAGCAUUCCAAUCGCGCGCUUUCUACUCCCUACAUCCACUCAUUAGCCCCACUAGUGGUCGCGAAGCUGAAAGCUGUGGAGAAAAACAGACCAGCCAGUAGCACGGAACUUCUGGCUGUCCAAGAAGGAAUUAAAGUUCUUGAAACAUUGGUUGUUCUUGGGGAAGAACAGAACAGAGUCCAGUUACUCGCUCUUCUAGUGCCCACUCUGAUUUCUUACCUGCUGGAUGAAAGUUCUUUUGCCUCAGCAAGUCCGAUCUCCAAAGAUCUUCAUGAGUUUGCACUCCAGAACUUAAUGCAUAUUGGACCUCUGUACCCACAUGCUUUCAAGACAGUGAUGGGGGCUGCUCCUGAACUGAAAGCUCGCCUAGAGACUGCUGUCCGAGCCAGCCAGGCAAGCAAAGCUAAGGCAGCCGCCAGGCAGCCUGCCCUCACACAUUCUGCACCAACAAUCAAGCUGAAAACAAGCUUUUUGUAUUGUGCCUUUCCAUUCAUCUAUUAA